CUAAUGGCCGCGAUAUAGGGUAUUCCCCUUUUAGAGCUCACGCAAUACACAGCCGUCAGCCGACCAGUUCAGCUAUGGAGUGGCUAUUUCCUCCUCGUCUGAGCGAUAUUGUACAAACCUCGUUAGUCUGAACCUCGAUAAUCCGGAAAUCCCUGCUUCAGGACCAUUAGGUCAGACAUCGUUUGUUAACGAAGAUUCGGCUCAGCACAAUGGAGCAUUACGACAUCACCACCAGCAUGCCGCUGCUGUCGGGCCUGGAGACGGCGUUCCAGGAUUCCCUCACAUCCAACACCUGCAUCCCUCUGCUGAAGCAGGAACUCAAGUCCAAGAUCCAGAUCAGACGUCUUCGGCAAGGUCAAGGCGAACUGAAGGUCACCUUUGAACCGAAACCAAAACACGAGUUGACGGAUGAGGAGAAGCAGAAGCAGGCGAGGAGGCGAGAGGUCAACAGGAUGGCGGCGCUCAAGUUCCGGAGGAAGAAGAAGGAUAAGAUAACGGAGCUGGAGGAAAAAGCAAACAAACUCACUGCUGAGAACAAGCGUCUGGAAGAAGAACUACAACAAUGGCGGAACAUCCACGAGACCCGACAGUGCUCAACCCCGGCCACACCCGAGGGUGGCUAUGUGUGGGUGUUGAUAGAGACCGACAGGUGACCCCACGGGGACCUCCGUAGCCCAAAAAGACUGUGACCCACCACGUGAUUUCUGACGUAUGUGCGUGAGGGCACCGUGACACUGAACUAUUUGCUUUGUUACGGAGAGAGCAUUGUAUAUAUGUUUAUAUAUUUAUUCAAGUAUCGUUGUAUGGAUGGUGCCGGGGAAUAGUGUUGUAAUUAUGGUAAUACGUUACAAAUGCCCAGAAGGCAGAUUUACCCGCAAGCACCAUCGUACCUUCCCAAGAGCAGAUCUGAUAUGGCGAUCGGCUUCGAUUGAGAACAUGUAGAAGAUAGGGAAAUGCUCCCUGAUUGGACAUCAUGUAUCACGUGAUACGUCACGCCUAACGUUGAACACUGACGCUAUACGACCUGGGUCCCGUUUCACAAAGCGGAGUUAGCGAUAAAACCGUCUGAAAUAUAUGUUGAAGCAUGGGAGUCACGAUUUAAAGCGCUUGGUUCGGAACGAUUUCACUGUGUUUGUGUAUGGAGUGACGACAUUCGUAGUGCUGAGAUAUCUUUUAAACGUGACACUUUUGUUUUUAGACGCGUGUGGUUUAGAUUGAGUGCACUAGUCAUUUUGAAAUAAUUAAAGUUCGUUGUGUUCAUUGUAAUUCCUGCAUUCUGAUUAGCUCAAUAGAUCACAUGUUUGUAGCAUUCAUUCCCAAAACAUGUACAAAAUUAUGCCACGCUCAUCGACGCGGACUACUUUUACUACGCGGAUUCGUAGUUUUCACAUCGGGUUUUCGAUUCAUACCUCAAUGAACCGAAAACAAAAUCCACAGUCAAUUCUUAAAUGAGUUAGAUAACGUGUUUUGUGUUUAGACAAUGACAAAAAUCAUAAUUAUAUUUUUUAGUUGACUGUCCAAUUCAACUAGUGUAUGCGAUGACGUGAUUUUUUACAAUGUGCACUCUUUUGCAGAUAUUGUUGUUAUAUGUACGUGCUAUACGUAUACAUCUGUUUACCUCUAUCUCUGUGUUGACGUUAUUAUUACACGUUUAUUUCUAUGAUGGAACAAGAAUAAAGAGACCCAUCGAACUAUAUGGAUCUUUGCUUGAUUCCUG